AUGAUUACAAAUGUUUGUGUUUAUGGUUCAUGCGAUAUAUUUUUUUAUAAUAAAUGUCCAUUACCACCGGUUACAAUCAAAAUAAAUGUUGCCGAAUUUUGUCGUGAAGCUAAAAAACAUGUUGAUUGUGUGAAUAGACGUUUAGAAAAUUGUACUGAAGUUCAAGAAUAUGGUCCAGCUUUAGAAACUUUAAAAUUAACAUUUAAAGUUUAUUUAAUCCAAGCAACAUCACAUGGUUGUCAUGAUCUUCAUGAUGGAAUACGAAUACCACGACGACUUCCACGCACACGACAUACAACAACAAAAAAACCUCGUAGACGUAAACAAAAAAAACGUCGAACAACAAUAGCUGUUGAAUAUCAUUGUCGAAAAAAUGUUGCUAUCGAAUCUUGUGGAUAUUGGAAUCAAUCAUUAUUAAUACUUAAUCGAACAAUAUGUCAUCAUGCUUUUCAAUAUAUUCAAUGUUUAACACCAUUAAAAAUAAAAUGUCAAAAUAUGUUGUCAAAUGAUGAGCAGAUUUUACAAGUUCACACAUUUUUACAAAAAUGUUAUAAAAAAUUUAUUAAAUCAUCAAAAAAUCAUAUCAAUUGUUUAAAUUCAAAUUUUAUUUUUGUUUUUAUUAGUUUAAUAACUUAUCUUAUUUUUAAACAAGAAUUAAAUCAAGUUGUAGAAAAUUUUUUUCGGUUUAUUUAUUUUUGA